UACACGCACUGACGUAGAGCCGCUUUAAAUACUUCCGCGUGACUGUGACAGCACACCGUCCUCACUGGACACGCGCUGCGCAGCAUCCCUGCCUCAUUUUGGGCCUUGAAACGGAUGGAGCUUGGGUCUCCUCUGGACCUCCAGCCCCGCGGCGCCUGAAGCCUCCCGCAGCCGGGCUCCGCGCUCCCAACCCCCGCAGGAUUCCGCUAAGCAGGCCGCUGAGGACCACCCCUCCGUGAAGUCCCAUGCGAUUCUUCAGACUCACAUUCAAGUGUUUCGUGGAUUGUUUUUGAAGGUCGCUGUGCGUUUUGUGGCGUUUAUUUUUUACGUUUUUUAUUUUUGCAUUUUUCUUCCUAACCCCGUUCUUUUGCACCAACUCUUUGACUGAUCUUUAUUUUAAAAGUGAUUGAAUCCGCGUUCUUCGUGCGUGACUCCGCCGAGGAACAGGUGACAGAGAGAAAGGACUAAAAAGCAGUGAGUGAAAUUUCACACAUAAUCUGUCUCAGCAGCUGCGUUCGCUCGGACCGAGCUCUGGAAGUGCAGCAGCGGGAGGAGGAGAGCUGUUUAGCGGUGACAGGUGAGCGCUGUCCCCGCAGAGACACACGGGACACACGGCUCUAAAUCUGCGGCACCAGGACCGAGGAUUAACGCGACGGAAAUACGAGCGGGCUAUGAGCUGUUAUUAGUGACUUCUAACGAGAUUUUUUGCCCCAGCAGCACAAUUUGCGCCUUACUCAAAAGACUCUUGUCACACACUAAUUUCUUUAAUCGGAUUUUAAUCGUUUUAUUCGACUAAUCACCGACUCUUUUUACGCUUGCAACCGGAUUUGAUCUCACACUGGCUGCUGCUCAUAAAUGACUGGUAAUUGGAUUUUUUAUUUAAUCUCCAAGUGCAAAAUUAGUCCUAAACUACAGAAAUAGUCAUUUCACCUGCUGCUUAUUCUAGAGCAGCCCAUAACACACAUAGGCCAAUUAUUCCAGACUAAAAGAGUAGAUCUUAUUGACUAUUUCAGAUUUAGAGUUUGACAUCUAUUUCUUGUAAGAACAGGUACUUAUUCUGUAUCCUACUUAUUUCAACUAUAUUAAGAAUCUGAAAUAAUUUAGUGGUUUGGGACAUUUUAGAAGUGGCAUUGGUCAGUUUAACUUUGCCCAAAUCUUUGUUAAAACAUUGAAAUUCUUAAAAUUCAUAAAAAGAUAUUUGUUUAACGGCGAACCGCUCUGUGGACUGUGAAAGUGACAGUGAAAGAUUCAAGCCGAUUUUUAGAGCUAUAAACUUUUGUGCUCUUUUAAACCUCCCUGAGCAAUGGAGAACUCUGAGAAACACUCACUUCCUGCGUCAGCGUCCUCCACACUACUGGACGAAUUAAACAAAAAGUCACACUUCGCGGCCAAUGGUGGCAGCAGCCAUCUUUACUCUGUGCCCAGUGCAAACGGCUCACUCGUGGCCACUGUGGCGAUGGGAGGUGUGACCUGUCCUGAGAAGAAAGGGGGCGUGGUCACAGGUGGCACCGGGGCUGCGCCAGGUGCGUAUCCAGAGCGGGAAACAUGGACCCGACAAAUGGACUUCAUCAUGAGCUGUGUGGGUUUUGCUGUCGGCCUCGGAAACGUCUGGAGGUUUCCGUACCUGUGCUACAAGAACGGAGGAGGUGUGUUCCUGAUCCCCUACCUUCUGAUCGUUUUCGUCGGUGGGAUUCCGAUCUUUUUCCUGGAGAUCGCUCUGGGCCAGUUUAUGAAGGCGGGAAGCAUCAACGUGUGGAACAUCGCUCCGCUUUUUAAAGGUCUGGGCUACGCGUCCAUGGUGAUCGUCUUCUUCUGUAACACCUACUACAUUAUGGUGCUGGCCUGGGGCUUCUAUUACAUGAUCCACUCGUUCACGUCCACUCUGCCCUGGUCCACCUGCGACAACCCCUGGAACACGCCCAGCUGCAGCGAGAUCUUCCAACAGGCCGCCUGCAACAACAGCCACACCAACGGCAGCAUCGUUAACUCCACCUUGGUUAACGUGAGCAUCGCGGCCAACCAGACCUGCGAAGUGGGCCGCUCCCCCAUCAUCGAGUUCUGGGAGUGA